AUGGCGGCGUCGGUGUGGGUCUUUGAGAGCGAGACCCCGCCCGACCGCUGCUGGCACCUGCCCGAGUCAAGGCUGGCCGGUGCGGCCACGGGCGACUUUCUCGGGCUCAGCAUCGACACGCCGCCUGGCGCCGAGGAGCGGAUGGCCGAGUACGACAAGGGCACCUACCGACUCAUCUACCAGUACCCGGACCGGCUGGAGACCUUCAUCCGCGAGGUGAUGGAGGGGGAGGCCGAGACGGAGGACGACUUAGUCGGGUGGGCGUGGACGCGGCUGGUGGACAGCCUCCAACAGACCACCAAGGUGCCCAAGGCCGUUGUCUUCUUCGUGCACGGACACGCGGGCAGCGGGCGGCAGAUCAAGGAGCUCUCUGUCGUCCUCCAGACCCUGCGCCCAACGCUCACCGACGACCCCGUCCACCAUAGCCAGCUGGCCGUGUUCGGCGUGCACUUCCGAGGGGAGCUCUCGGCACUGCAGGGCGACGUGUUGCGGCGGCAGGCGAUGUACGUGAACGACUGCAUCUACUACCUCCUCCACUCGCUGUAUCCGGUUGCGCAUCCGCCCAAGAUCGUGGUGAUCGGACAUUCCAUGGGCGGUGUGGUGGCCAGAGCGGCGCUGAUGAUGCCCAACCGCCUGCCCCACGCGAUCACUGCUCUCAUCACCCUGGGCGCUCCGCUCCAGAUGAGUCUGUGGCCGUUUGACCCGUCUCUGAGCACUUUCUACCACGAGCUGAACACGUAUCGACCAGCGCCGAAUGAGUCGGUCCCCACCUUCUCCAUCGCUGGCGGGCUGCGCGACCACUUGAUCCGGACGGAGCUCUCAGCCUUCUACGGCAUCGAACCGUCCCAAGAGGGAGAGCAGAGCGCCUUUGCGUUCACCACGGCCAUUCCGGGCGUGUCGACGUCGAUCGAUCACGACAGCCUGCUCACCUGCGGCCAGUUCAUCACGGUGCUGGGUCGUUGCAUACUGCACAUCGUGAACCCCAAGCCCCCGGGUGUGCUGGAUUCGAUAGUGGAUGUGCCCCACCGAGCUGGCAACUCGACGCACAACGUCACAAUGCAGGCGGAUCAGCAGACGGAGACGAUCGACGACCCUCGGUAUUACCUCUACGAGCCCACGCUGAAGAACACAACGCAGACGCAGAUACAUCACCUCUCCUUGUCCACAUGGAGGAAACGCUACGGUCAGAUGCAACUCGUGGUGGCCACCGACCUUCCUUCGCAUGCGCUCACCGUCUCCUUGACCUCGGAGGCUGAAGCGCCGCGAUUGCUGAUCGUGCCCGCAGAAACGCUCAACCAACACGACGUUCUCGUGCUGAAAGUCUCUCCUCGCACACCCGAUCCGUUGGACGUCAGCAACAACGUCACCGCAAAGCCUACCGCCGGCUCUUCAUUCCUGUUCGCGCAGCUGUACAAUGAAUAUGCCACCCAGAUACCCAUCUUCGACGAUGAUGGCGGGCAGUUCACCGUAGAGCCGACCGGGCCGCUGCUGGUCGGCGGCAGCGUGGGCGGCUUCGCGGAGGACCAGAUCCGGCCGGCCGUCACCCACUUCACACUCCCCGGCAACACGCAGCCCGUGUCUGUUUGGGUGAACCCAUCGUCGUCUUCUUCGACAACCAAGGUGGGCCGACCGAUGUGGGAGCCUAUCAUCUACCAGUAUUCGACGUGCUCCUCGCUCCUCUUCGAGGAGGAGAAUGUCUACGUUGACACGUCGCCGGCGGUGAUUCGCAGCCACUAUCGGACCAUUCCACAACUCUACAGAGAGUGCUCCAGUGAGGAAUCGACUGUGCACCUCUUCCUUUUUACCGAUCCACAGUACGAGUACCAGGUGGUGAUCGAGCCGCACCUGUGGGUCACCGUGGGCCACCUGUUUUCGACGUUUGUCACACUUUCCCUCCCGGCGGCCUUCUUCGUGUUCGCCUUGGUCUUUGCCGUGCAACGUUGGACGCUCGCUCGCACUGGCUCCCUUCAUUCCUUCGCUUGGACGCUUCUCCGACUCGUUCCCGUGCUGCUGGCGGCGGCGCUAUGCGCAAGUGCUGCGCUCUACGUCUUCGACCCGCCCGUGUUCAUGCUCCACGAGUCGGCACUGGUCUUCGCCAACCUCUCCCCCUUCACGCCCUCCUUCUCCUUCCACCACGACCCAGUCACCAACCAGCGGAUGCUGGCCUUCAUGCCCGUCGUGGUGUUCACCUACGGAACGCUGCUCGUGCUCGCCUUCGCGAUGCUUCAGGUCUGUCUCGUGCCUUGCGUGGACUUGGCCUGGUACGAGUCGCUCCCACCGCGGCGGGCGGCGCAAGCGCGAGGCGCUAUCAGCCGUCGCGCGGUGUGCCAGCGCGGAGCCAUCCAGCGUGUGUCCGGGUGCCUGGCCCAUCCGUACUUCGCGCUAUUGAUCAGAGUGGCAGUGUGCAUUCUGUCCAUCUUGGUCUGGCGGUCACAGCCCUUCUUCACAGCGAUCGUGGUGGCGUUUGCUCUUACCCUGAUAUGGGUCGAAGAUGAAGCGCUGCGCUACUUUCGCCAGAGCCUCUCGGUUCUGCUCGCCCUGUUCUUGACCUACCACUUCGGCUGCCUGUGGUUCUCGUGGGCCGCUUCGCACCCCUUCGACGGCGCCUCGGCCUUCACUCUCCCGACCAUUGCCCUGGCGCUUUACUCGCUCUGCCUUUCCGAGAUGCCUCACACUCCAGCCCUUCACUACUUCCUUGCUGCGACUGGCGCCGGAGUGGCCGGCUAUCUCUUCCUCUUCAGCUGGCACGCGGUGCACAUGAUCGUGUACGCAGUGAUCGCGCUGAGCGUGUGCGCCCUGCUCGGCCUUGUGGCGUCGCUCCUACAUCACUGGCUCGUGCUGGCUGCGCAGCUGAUCAGCGGUACCGGCGAUGACACCACGGCGCUGCACGGGGCCGGCAACGGCAAUGACAGCGACAGCGACAGCGACGAAGACGAGAGCGAUGGCAGCGUGCCGUUGUCCGUCUGGUACCGGCUCCGCCGAGCGCUGCGACGCUUCCCCCGCACGUGGAGGCGCCACUACUCGCGCACCGAGGCCUCGGCGUUUCGGCCGGAAGACCACGAUGAAGGCGACAACUUGUGA